AUGUAUUGCAGCUGUCUAUACACAUUCUAUACUGCGUCUUGGCAAUCUCCAUAGACACUUUCUAUACUGCUCCUUGGCUCUGGCCCUCUGCUGCCCGCGCCACAGGGGAUCUGGUCGUGUCUCUCUUGGCGUGCGGGCGAAGCAAACCAGGACCAAACCAAGGUCUCAAGUCAUCCUACACCGGCCCGAGCUCCCUCCAUCCCCUAUCCCUCAACCAACACAGCUAUACCCCGCUAGAAGCCUCAGUCCGUAUUGCACAACAAGGGCUCAUAACAUCUUCUACACCAGGGCUUAUCGCACACCCAUGACAGACACAAUGGAUGCCUUUGUCAACCUAGAUGACAUGGCCGGCAACGCUUUCGCAGACGAAUACGAUACCCUCAACCAGUGCGAAGUCAAUAGCCCUUCCAGCGAAGAGCAAGAAAUGGAUAUGACCAAUAGUGUCCAUGGCCUACCUUUAGCGCCGCGCACACAAGAUGAGCAUAUGGCUGAUAUCCAACAGUUGGCGCAACUGAGCGGAUCGCUAGGGACGAGCUGGGACGCGAGUGUGGUGGAUUCACUGGAGCAGAUGCAUGUCAAUCCACUCAAUCACUAUACAACAGCUGCAACAAUCACGGCAGAACGACUGCCGGGAAGUUGGCCAGCUGAGAAGCAACGUCAAAUGAACCCCAUCAGUACAGUUGCCGCACCAGCCGCUUUUUCCCUCUCUCACAUCGCACCACCGUCACUCCCGCAAGAACGAUCAUCAUUGAGUGCGACGAGUUCAGCGUGUGGCAGUGUUGCGACGGAUGAGCGAGAUCCCGUCUUUUGCAGCGAUGCACAGGAACGCUCACCGAAAAGACGCGCUUCAGAGUCUGCUCCACGGAAAGCUGCAAGUUUGACAAAAUCAGGGCAUAAGCGGAGUGUUUCCAAUGCAACGGUCAUGGCGCAGGAAACUCAAGAAGUUAAGGUAGAGGAGACGCAGGGACAUUCGCCAUCUGGUGGGCAGGAUGAGAAUGGUGACAACGAUGCAAGUGUCAUGAGGCGGCAAGAUCGACUGAUGCGGAAUCGUGCAGCUGCUUUGGCAUCAAGGGAGCGUAAACGAGAGCAUGUCAUUCGUUUGGAAGCGACAUUGGCAGAAAUGGAACAAGACGCUGCAUCCUUGAAGAAGGAGAAUAGCCGGCUACAAGCCGAAAUGGCGCGAAUGCAAGCUUUACUCAACAAGUAUGGCAUCAAGGAUGAUAGCACAACGACAAAGGAAUCACAGGUGGCAAAGCUUGCCGUUUCAGCAACCCGAUCAGCUCAAUCAGAAGCUGAGCAAUCUUCCCUGGCAAAGCUCAAAGCUGCGCCGACCGGGUUUUCGCCUCGUGGGGCUCUGAAGAAAUCUCAAAUUUUGGCAGAUCCAGUCGCUGCGGAAGAGUAUCUUCGACAAGUAGCCCUACGACAGCCUCCAGUCACUCUAAAGGGCUCGACCAAGGACAAGGAAGCGACAUCAUCGACAGCCACGAAGCAAUCAGGUCGAGGCAAUGCAGUCAUCAUGGUCCUAUGCUUUGGUAUUGCACUCUUUGCAAGUGUCCAUCCAACAGCGUCAGGUGGUCUUACAAUCAGCACGCAACACGGUCAUCAUUCCGCGUUCGGCAGUCUAGCAGCAGUCGAUGCAAUCUUGGGAAGUCCCGCAGCGGUUGGCGCACAGGCAGGCAAUGAAGCAGCCUUGCAGAAUGUGAUUGAGCAAUUCAAAAUGCAAGGCUUCCAAUUGACAGAUUCGUGCAAGGAUGCCAUGCAGUCUGGGCAAUCAACUGCUGCUACAAUGCCAAUGACAGCACCACGCUCGCUUUUGACGGAAGCGAUUCAUGCGCAUAGACCGGAAGUGAUGGUGGUGGAGCCAAAGGAGGCGACACCGCUUUCGGAUGCCGGCUCACAUGCAGAUUCUCAGACCUCAUCAGAGGCGAAUGCGACGUUGCUCACCGUGCCUGACGUCGCUGUCAUUGCACCGAGGCGUAUUUCGAAACGACGUUCUUCCCGCGCUUCGCAGACGAUCAAGGAAGAGACGGAGACGUAAUGAUGUUAUGAAGUGUAGUAUGCUUUUGUACCAGCAAUGCAGUAUUAGAAGCAGAUCGUACCGCUCCAAACUAUAGACCCAAGUAUCAAAGUACAAAAUAUG